AAUAAUACUGAAACUUUAACUGUAUGGCUAGGUUUGAAAUUAUCACAAUUAAUUGAAGUCAAUCUCAAAAAUCAAGUUAUGACUACAAACCUUUGGGUUGAGCAGAAAUGGAUUGAUUACAAACUGAAAUGGGAUCCAGAUGAAUAUGGUGGCGUUGAAAUGUUAUACGUGCCAUCUGAGCACAUAUGGCUCCCAGAUAUAGUUCUUUAUAAUAAUUGGGAUGGUAAUUAUGAGGUAACAUUGAUGACCAAAGCUACUUUAAAGUACACUGGUGAAGUCAUAUGGAAACCUCCAGCUAUAUAUAAAAGUUCAUGUGAAAUUAAUGUAGAAUACUUUCCAUUUGAUGAACAAACUUGCUUUAUGAAAUUCGGAUCAUGGACUUAUAAUGGAGCACAGGUGGAUCUGAAGCACAUGGAUCAAAUGCCAGGAAGCAAUUUGGUGUUAAAAGGAAUAGAUCUGAGCGAAUUUUAUUAUUCUGUAGAAUGGGACAUAUUAGAGGUGCCAGCUAGCCGAAAUGAAGAAUAUUAUCCCUGUUGUCCAGAGCCAUUUUCAGACAUAACUUUCAAAAUGACUAUGAGGCGUAAAACGCUGUUUUAUACAGUGAACUUGAUAAUUCCAUGCGUUGGGAUUACAUUCCUUACCGUACUCGUAUUCUAUCUGCCAAGUGAUUCAGGAGAAAAGGUGACAUUAUGUAUUUCAAUCCUGCUGUCGUUGACUGUGUUUUUCCUGCUAUUAGCUGAAAUUAUUCCCCCAACAUCAUUAGCCGUACCACUUUUGGGAAAAUAUUUGCUAUUCACCAUGAUUCUGGUAUCGCUCAGCGUUUGGACUACAGUUUGUGUUCUUAAUGUACAUUUUAGAUCACCGUCGACGCACAAUAUGUCUCCAUGGGUUCGAAAACUGUUCUUGCAUUUUAUGCCCAAAAUUUUGAUGAUGCGAAGAACACAAUAUGUACUGCCUGAUUAUGAUGAUAGUUUUCUACCAAAUUACACAGAAAACAGAGAUGGUACGAACGACCCUUUUAAUGGAGAUUUAAAAGAACCAAGUGUAAAUAGUAUUGGACAAGCAUGCCAACAAAUAGAUUGCCCAGGAAAUGUACCUCAUUCUUCAGUUACUGAUUCUGAAAACACAAUUCCAAGAAAUUUAUCACCUGAAGUUUUGUCGGCUCUUCAAGGAGUUAGAUUCAUUGCUCAGCAUAUCAAAGACGCAGACAAAGAUAAUGAGAUAGUCGAAGACUGGAAAUUUGUGUCUAUGGUCCUGGAUCGUUUCUUUUUGUGGUUAUUCACGUUGGCCUGCUUUGGAGGAACAUUUGGAAUUAUCUUCCAGUCGCCAUCAUUAUACGAUACACGGAUUCCAGUCACCAAUACUGAAGUUGGAACUGGGCGAAAUCAUUUUAUGAUGCCUCCAGAAAUUUUCAGGCCCCGCCUCGAAAUUUAUAGAUCUCAGGAGAUUGUUGAUUAA